UGGUACGGCGCACACCCCUGUGCCAAGACCCCGAUAUGUGCGAUCCUAACAUUGAAAACCACAGUGAAAACCACAGGGGAUAGCAGCAGCAAUUCGCGUGAAUGGUAUGGCUGUGACACGAUCACAACACAACCAACAGCCGCUAGUAGCUGCAAACACAAACGAGUCUCGGGGAAUUUGCCACCACAACAACAGUUCCGUGGCGGAGAAAUACCGGCGGAAAAUCGGGAAAAUGCCCGGGACGGAGCUGCGGGCUCGAACACACGCAACGUGCGGCUUCGAUGUCGGAGGGUGCAAGCGCGGGACCUGCCGACGCCUCACAGGCCUCACAGGCCUCACAGGCUAGUGCUUGCGGUCCUUCCUCUGCGGAUCAGGUAGCUGCGGCUGCGGACCCGAAGGCAAUCGGCGAGGCUAUCGAUGAGAUGCUAGCCGCCAACGACCCCGUCAAAAACAGCAACGGCAAACGCGCGUACCCGGAGCCCAACUUCCCCAUCGAGCGGUCAGGAGCAGUGCGAGGUAAAGGGAGCUACCCCAUCCGGUUCAAACUGAACGCGGCGGCCUACACACGGGAGAUCUGCCCGUGCGACGGUCAACCGGUGGGAAACAACGGCGCGGCGAAAGUUCUCCAGGUGCCUCGGAAGCGUAUCAUCGAGUGGCUGAAGCAGGAGGAGCAGCUCAGGGAGAAGGUCAGCGCCAACCCCAAGCUUUCGAAGGCCAAGCAGGUUCACAGCGGAGGGAAAGCUUCGACAGUCGACGCCGAACAAGCCCUUGUGGACUACAUCAAUGAGCAGCGCAAGUAG